GCGGCGGAGGAGACUCGGGGGCCAUUUUGUGAGGAGACGGAGACUGAGCGGUUGUGGCCUUGUUGCAGACGUCGAGCAGCCUUUGGUCUUUUCACGUCGAACUCGGGAGUGAGAGAUUCAAAAUCGAAUCUCUUCUCCCUCCCGCUCCUGGUUACAAAUCACUUCAAAUAAGUUAGUGGAACUUUGCGUGAGGGCAGCAAGGCGAACCCCAUCCCUACUCACUGGAGCUCAGCUUUGAUUUUUAACCUCCUUUCCCCUCCCUUCCAGAACACACACAUUCCCAUUCUAAAACUGAUUUUAUAAAGACAUUUUAAACAUAAUGCAACUUGGUGUGCACUACAGCAAAUUUACAGGUGUUUUUUUUUAAUUGUUUCCAAAAACGGGACCUGGAUAUAAGAUGUAAUUUUUAAAAUUUCUAUUUGUAUUUUUUCUGCAGCAGUUGGGUUAGAGGAGGAGGAGCCUUUUAGUCUCUCAUAAACUGACCUCUCUACUUCCUCGUGUAUUUUUAAGAUUGAUUGAUGAUGUGGAAAGGGCUUUGCUUGUCUGCUAUUGAGAACUUCACCCUUGCGGUUUUUAUGGAAACUGCUUUUGGAAAGAAAAGAAAUGAACUUUACUGACUUGACAUUUUUGCACAUCCCGUUUUUCUAAUCUGGGCUAUUUUUAUUUUUGUUUUUUUACAGUGAGAUUUUUUUGAUCUUCAGCUACAUUUUUUGACUUGGUGAGGACCCUUAUCAGCAGGCGCAAUGGCAAGCAAUGUGACCAACAAGACAGAUCCCCGCUCCAUGAACUCCCGUGUGUUCAUUGGGAAUCUCAACACUCUCGUGGUUAAGAAGUCUGACGUGGAGGCAAUCUUCUCAAAGUAUGGCAAAAUUGUGGGCUGCUCUGUUCAUAAGGGCUUUGCCUUCGUUCAAUAUGUUAAUGAGAGAAAUGCCCGAGCUGCUGUUGCAGGAGAGGAUGGAAGAAUGAUUGCUGGCCAGGUUUUAGAUAUUAAUCUGGCUGCAGAGCCAAAAGUGAACCGAGGGAAAGCAGGCGUGAAACGAUCUGCAGCGGAGAUGUACGGGUCAGUACCAGAACACCCUUCUCCGUCCCCUCUACUCAGCUCCUCUUUUGACUUGGACUAUGACUUUCAACGUGAUUAUUAUGACAGAAUGUACAGUUACCCAGCACGUGUUCCUCCUCCUCCUCCUAUUGCUCGGGCUGUAGUGCCCUCUAAACGCCAGCGCGUAUCAGGAAACACCUCAAGAAGGGGGAAAAGUGGCUUCAAUUCUAAGAGCGGACAACGAGGCUCUUCUUCCAAAUCUGGAAAAUUGAAAGGAGAUGACCUUCAGUCCAUUAAGAAGGAGUUGACCCAAAUAAAACAAAAAGUGGAUUCUCUUCUGGAAAGCCUGGAAAAAAUUGAAAAGGAACAGAGCAAACAAACAGUAGAGAUGAAGAAUGAUAAGUCAGAAGAGGAGCAGAGCAGCAGCUCCCUGAAGAAAGAUGAGACUAAUGUGAAGAUGGAGUCUGAGGGGGGUGCAGAUGACUCUGCUGAGGAGGGGGACCUACUGGAUGAUGAUGAUAAUGAAGAUCGGGGGGAUGACCAGCUGGAGUUGAUCAAGGAUGAUGAAAAAGAGGCUGAGGAAGGAGAGGAUGACAGAGACAGCGCCAAUGGCGAGGAUGACUCUUAAGCACAUAGUGGGGUUUAGAAUCUUAUCCCAUUAUUUCUUUAUCUAGGCGCUUGUCUAAGAUCAAAAUUUUCACCAGAUCCUCUCCCCUAGUAUCUUCAGCACAUGCUCACUGUUCGCCCCAUCCUUGUCUUUCCCGUGUUCAUUAAUUCAUUUCCCUGCGCCUAGUCCCAUUUUCACUUCCUUUGAUGCUCCUGGUAGUUUUGUUAAGUCUUGCCCUGUAAUUUUUGCUUUUUAAUUUUGAUACCUCUGACUUAACAAUAAAAAAGGAUGUAUGGUUUUUA